AUGAAGCAGAUCCAGAGUAUCAAACAGCAGUCUUCUUCCCCAAGUUUCGGCAGAUACUCUUCCGAGACCUUAGCUGAUAUCGCGGCAAGGGUAAUCCAGGAGCUCCACAGCGACACUCUCUCGGACUCCGCCGAAGAAAACGACAACCUCAUUAAUCCUAAACAUGACGAUGUCCCCAAUGACUUUGAGUUUUCUUUCUCUUCUACACACCCCGAUUCUUCUCCUGUCUCUGCUGACGACAUUUUCUAUAACGGCCAAAUCAGACCAAUUUACCCUCACCCUCUCUUUGACAGCAACUCGCUCAACCCCAUUCCCCACGGGGAAACGCCACCCCUUGAGUCUCCUCCUCGUCGUUUACCUCUGAGGAAGCUUAUGCUUGAGGACCGAGAAACACCAAACGACAGCAGCGUGCCUGCAGGGCCCUACUGCGUGUGGACUCCGUCGUGCAAGAAAAGCGUGUCCACAAGAAGAUUCUCGUUGAAGCGGUGGAAGCUUCGAGAUCUUCUGAAUGGGAGCCACAGUGAUGGAAAGAAGGAAUCACUCCGGUUUCUGAGUUCCGAGAAGAGGACCAACAAGGUGGCCUCUAAGCAUGCCUCCGCCGACAACAAUGGCGCCAGCCGCCAAAUCAGUUGGGUUUUUUGGUAG